AUGGCUACCUUAAGCUUCAACUCCACCAGGAUCAAAAACCCCAUCACGAAUUUCGUUUCCAUUUCCAAAACCCCUUUAUCCCAAUUUCCCCAAAACCUAGAAAGCUCAUUCCAAAGUAAAAAUCUGAGGAAAAAACACCUCCAUUUUCCACCUUGUCGUUCAGUUUCUGAAAGUUCAGUUUUCUCCACCCCUUUACAGCCUGAAACCGGAGACGAAGGAGGAGGAGGAGAAGAAGAAGACGAUGACCCCACCUCAGAACUGAGCUAUUUGGACCCCGAAGCAAAUCCGGAGAAAAUCACAGAGUGGGAGGUAGAUUUUUGUUCGAGGCCGAUUCUUGAUAUUAGGGGUAAAAGGAUUUGGGAGCUUGUCGUCUGUGAUGCUUCACUUUCCCUUCAGUACACAAAGUAUUUCCCUAACAACGUUAUCAAUAGUGUGACUCUGAAGAAUUCUAUAGCUUCAAUUUGCGAUGAACUCGGUGUGUCUUUGCCCGAGAAAAUUCGGUUUUUCAGGUCACAGAUGCAGACAAUUAUAACAAGAGCUUGCGGUGAUCUUUGUAUAAAGCCUGUCCCAAGUAAACGGUGUCUAUCUUUAGUUCUGUGGCUUGAAGAACGUUAUGAGACAGUGUACACUCGCCACCCUGGGUUUCAAAAAGGAUCAAAGCCACUUCUCACGCUGAAUAAUCCUUUCCCAAUGGAACUUCCCGAUAAUUUAUAUGGAGAAAAAUGGGCUUUUGUGCAGUUACCAUUUUCAGCUGUUCGAGAAGAGGCGUCGUCUUUAGAGACGAGAUUUGGUGCAAGUUUGGAUUGGGAUCUUUUGGGGAUAGAAGUUGGUGACAAUACAUUAAUUCCUGGACUUGCAGUUGCAUCUUCACGAGCAAAACCAUUAGCAGCGUGGAUGAAUGGCUUAGAAGUGUGUUCGGUUGAGGCUGAUACGGGCCGAGCUUGCUUAGUCUUGUCAGUGGGGAUAUCAACACGGUACAUUUACGCGACGUACAAGAAAACGGCAGUGACAACAAAGUUAGCCGAUGCUUAUUCCCCAGAUACCGUCAUUGCUUCUUCUCCGGGAAAAGAAGUUCACGACCCGUGGGCCUUCUACCUCCACGCGGCAUUGCUCCGUCAGGCUUUCGCCCAUUGCGGAAAAUUCCCCACUGCUGCCUCCCGUAGGAGUCUGGGCCGUGUCUCAGUCCCAGUGUGGCUGAUCAUCCUCUCGGACCAGCUACUGAUCAUGGCCUUGGAUCUCCUUCACCCGAGCUCUGUCGCUCGAUCGCACGCCACUGAAUUAGCGACGUUCCUCCAUCGGCGGCCGACUGAAAAUUCAGUUCUCUUCAAGAUGUCCUUCACCCGACUUCCCAGUCGGCCCACUGUGCAAGCUUUUAACAGGGUUUUUGGUCCAUCUGCAAGCCAAGAAGUAUUUUCAGACACCCAGCCAUUGGUUAGUUCUGUCCUUGAUGGGUAUAAUGUAUGCAUAUUUGCAUAUUUGGGUAUGGUCCAACUUGAUCAGGGAAAACAUACACAAUGUCUGGGCUUCUCGGCUCAAUCUCAUCUAUCAGGAUCAGCAGCAUAUGCAACAUACGCAGACUCUGCAAUGGCCCAAAGCCUCGCACAAAUGGUCAUUCAUCAGGAAAAAGAAAUACAUCUUAAAAGGUCCAACAAAAGCUCCGUAAAGCUUGCAGCUGAAAAUAUAGAACAAAAUAUCCCCUAUAAUCUCACCAAGUUCAGAAACAUCGACGUAAAACGUCAUCAAAAUGAAAAAAAAAAUGGUAUUUAA